AAACGCUCCGGAAGAGGACGAAAGCAGGUUGAAUUUUCCAGAUCUCUUUCCUUAAUACGUGCACACCAUGAUCCCGGGGCGCUUCGUCAAUGGCGAGUUCGUCCUGACCGACAGUCAGAGGAAGGGAAUGAGCUUCCGCUUCGCUCCGGAACCAAACGGCCCGCUGCACAUCGGCCACGUGAAAACCUUCCGCACGAACUUCAACUGUGCCGCUGAGAAUGGUGGCCAGAUGAUCCUGCGCUUUGACGACACGAAUCCAGAGACGGCCUCCGUUAAUUACUGUGAAGACGCCAAGGAGAUGUUGCAGUGGCUCGGGUACGACAUCAGCGCCUUCAGGACGACCUUCACGUCGGACUACUUCGAGGUGUUGCUGCAACAUGCUCGCACGAUGAUUAAGAAAGGUCUUGCAUACGUAUGUCACGAGGACUCCGUCAGUUCUGCGAAAGCGUCCCCUUGGAAAGACAGAUCGAUAGAGGAAAACAUUUGCGAAUUUGAAAGGAUGGUAAACUACGUUUAUCCAAAAGGUAAAGCUGUUCUUAGACUGAAGUAUGAAGACAAGUAUUUUAAGGACCCUGUGGCCUACAGGAUUAAGCAGGGCAACCAUUUCAGGACAAAGGAUAGAUGGGCGGUAUAUCCAUCUUACGAUUUCAGUCAUCCCAUAGUGGACUCUAUUGAAAAUAUCGCUGUGUCCAUUUGCACCAUGGAAUUUGCACACCACAGAGUUUUAUACAACUGGAUUCAGGAGAAGCUGAACCUCCCAUUGGUUCCCCAGCAGGAACAACCGAGGCUGUCGCUAGAAAAUGUAGUAUUAUCAAAGCGCAAAUUGAUCAACUUGCACAGGAAGGGUGCUUUACAUGACAUGGCGGACCCACGUCUGGCUACUCUCGCUGGCCUUCGGAGUCGUGGGAUUCCUCCAAAGGCGAUUGAAAAGUUCGUAGCUCAAGGAUUCCGCGAGUUCGCUCAGCUCCUCGAUAUCGUCAGGAAGGAACUGUUGCCGGUUGCUGAGCCCUACAAGAUGGUCCUGGAUCCACUCUACUGCCGUGUAGUCAACUAUGUGGAGGGUAAGCAAGGCGCCGAGAAUCCGCAAGAGCCGUUCACCGAGCCCCAUUUCUUUAUCAGUGGCCUGGACUUCGACGACGAUGACACAUCAGACGACAGUUCGCCGCACAUUUUAUCUGUCAACAGGCCUGCAAGCCUCUUCGGGCUGCCAUACAAGAUCACCGUGAAGAAGGUGGAGCGCCACAAGGGAAAAAUCAAAGCCCUAGCAGUCACCCUCACUCUUAACGACAAGGUCAGAGGCCUCAGGUCCUUGGUCUGGGUCCCCGCACCCUCUCGUGCUACUCUUGUUUACCUCGACCACAUCUUUACUGGGAGUGACUUGCAACCUGCGCCAAUCCGAUAUGCGCAGAUCUACGCAGAACCAGGGUUCUUCUCCUCCGUAAAGACAGGGGAAAAAUUCAUAUACGGCCAGACCUUUCGGGCAGUUAAUAUCGGUUACGUCACUGUCUCGCAAAGGUCUACCGAGCAUGACGUACUGUUAAACGUAACAUGUUUUCUGAAGCACAAACCAGAACAUCUUGAAAAUAUUCUUAAAUGUUUUACAAGCACACCUUCUCCGUAGCUUAAUUAACUUAUAACCGUAAUAGUAUACUUGAAGUUAAGGUGAAUAUCGUCUCACUGUUUCCUAGUCUUUGGUUAGUGUGUGAAUGAAUGGGCACACAAGGAGUAAAAAAAAAGUCCAUAUUCAGAGUAAACAUUAAUCAGUGUUUGCGUCUCAAUGUUCAUUUGGCAUUUCAUCCAUAUGACUUCUGAUAUCGGAGACGCUUCUUUGAUUAUUACAGAUUUCCUCCAAGCAACAAGAAGUCAGAACAAAAAUACGUUCAUCGUAACUAGACGGAAAUUCGACCUUAUGUAAAAUGUAAAUAGCAAUAUAUCACUAGAGAUUAUAUUACAUCACUUUUAAUUUUUCCGUAACUCUUUUAAUGAAAUCAGGUACAGGUUAGUGAUUUUAACUUUUUAUAUGCAACUACAGUCACUAUAAAUUGUGAAGUUUUAUUUUAUCGUGACAACGGCACUUGUGUUCAUGAUUUUUAUCUUUUAUUUCCAGUUCUCUGUUUACGUAAAAUGAUAGCAUAUUUAUGGGAAACUACAUUAUUUUGAUAAUGUAAAGCUCUAUGUAUCCCCUUGAAUCUUUUUUUUUUUUCUUAUAAUGAAUCUAUACAGUAUGAAAGAUAUGGAUUCUAGAUUUGCCAAAGACCAGAUAUUUUAACUGAUAUAUUUAAUUUUAUACCAGGCUUGUGUACAUAAUUUAGAUCUGUUCAUUUCCAGUUCAUCAUUUAUCUUUGAUCAUAAUAUAUAUCAUUGAGACACUGUAUUGUUUUGUUUGGUCAUGUAUAUCAUUCUUAAUGUCAUCUGUGUUCUUUUACUGACAUCAGUUACACAGUUAUGAAUAUGAAGACAGAUCCCGUUUAACGUGUAACAUUGUAAACAGUAACAUGUUCUCGGAAACUGCAUUAUUUUAUUUGAUAAUGUAAAACACACUUUUAGUUCUCAUUACAAAGGGACAAAUUAAUAUGUAUAAUGAUGCAUAUAAUGUAACAGUCUAUAGACAACUAUUGGGAAUAAAUAUGAUG